GCCACUGCUACUGGUAGACUCAGGCUGCCCUGUUAGCGACUCGCUCGACGAAGCAGGUGAACGCGACUCGAAUUCAUAAGCGGCCAGUCGGCGUUGCCAACUUACCUACUAACUUAGUCGGAUUGUGACAAGUCCUGGGCCUGAGUCCGAGUCGUGUGGUUAUUCCUGAGUAUGUCACCCUCUACUUCCCAUCCAAGUUUGCAGUCCGAGUCCGUGGAAUCCCUUAAGCAGAGACUGGCGAUUGUGGAGCGAGAGACAGCUGAGGAUGUCAAGGCAAAUCCGCCUUAUUUUUUCACGUCGCAACAGCUGGAGUUGGGCGUUGAGAGGGACCAGCUGCGAUCUGCAUUGGCGCAGGCACAGAAGGCCCAGAAGGCAUCGAAGUCCGCAACGCAGGAACCAGUACAGAGCAACGUAGAUGAUAGGUCGAAGUCAAGGAAAGCCAACUCGUCAAAGCGUGAACUCACGAAGAAGUCGGACGUGCUAUCCGCCAAGGAGGACCGUCGCAAGGUGGAAAAGCUGGCAAAAGUGGAGACUGAGUUGCAACGAAGAAAUGAAGAAAUUCGACAAUUGGAUCGGUCGAGCAAGACCGAACGCGAAGCACUGCACCAGAAAAUCUCAGACAUAACAGAAGCUGCUAGAUUGGAAGCGGAGGAUAACGAAGAACGAUUGAACGGUCUGCGGAAGGAACUCCAGGCCGCUCAAGAAGCCAGUGCGAAAGCGAUCGCAGAGCGAGACGCCGCCAUUGCGGCUCAGUUGGCGACAUUUCAGCAGGCCAACGACGUCUUGUUGAAGCUCACGUCCGUGCAAGAGGAAGUGCUCACGUUGUCCAGAGCCCGUAAUCAUGUCGAUAGCAGCUUCGACAGACCGGCAGACAAGGGCAGAUAUGGCGAGGAAUUACAGCUCAGGUCAUUCAUGAACAAGCUCCUUAGCUUGCCGAGUCCUGGGGAAAUGAUCCAUCCUUGUCGUGUCCCCAAUGAUGCGUCGUCGUACCCGGCGUUCGCGCGAGUGUACGACGUGUACAAGGCACAGUCCUUUGGCGUUAUGCCGUCGUUCGAAGGCUGGCUGAAAGUCAGCGGCAACGGCCUGAUACGUCUCAAGUAUUCCCACCGUAUUCUCCUCAUUCAACCGGCGUAUACAUACGAUUCUCGCGGUCAAGAGAAAUUUACGGCCUGCCCAUUCCUGUCCGUCAACGAUCAAGCCAAGGAGGUACUUUUCCAGGACGGCGACCACCUCUACUACAUUGGCACGUACAAGCCGUUGAUGCCUUGCGAGAACGUCCAACUAGGCCACCUGCAGUCCGGCUCUUACAUUGUACGUGUUCCACUCCGAAUCAUCCGUAUGACGAUGAAUCACCUUGACAUGUGCUUCUUUGGUCGCGAGCAUGGCAGAGAGUCAUGGCUUGAAACCGGCACAGUCACCUAUGCGGCUGCGCGGAACGCAGUCGCGAUAAUCCUCCCCGAAUUGUACCGGAAGGGAUUCCUAAGGUUGAACGUCAUCGGCUUGCAAUGCGUGGGCUUCAACCGUCAUCUCUACGAAGCUAUUCAUCAGAAUGGUUCCGUCUCCGACGAACCGCUGCCUGGAGAUGUUCCGGAUCCUAGCAUCCGAGACAGCUCGCAGAAGCGCAGAAGCGACUGCACGACGAUGGUGCCGAUGAGUGGGAAGUGGAGGAGUCAGAACAACCAGUCCGCAAACAGACGAGAGUUUCUGAGUAGGUGCUGAGCGCUGAGCGGUGAUGACAUGGACCUUGCUACUGCGUACCUCGGAUGUACUAGUGACUGGGAUAGUACUACUAGUACCUUGUCAGCUGCAUUUAGUGUAUUCAAAUCGUACCAGCCUGGCUUUCUGUGAAAAACGAGAAAGAAGAACGAAGAACGAAUGAAAG